AUGGUAGGCUCGACAUCGAUCAUCUUGUUAGUUGGGAUUGCAAUAAGUAUGUGUGUAGUCGAUGGAGGCCAUUCUAGCCAUCUUAGCGCGUUAAGUGGUCAUCAUGGACUGCUUCAAGAAAUUAUCGAUAUUAUCAAGCAAGACUCAGGCAAAGUAGCAUCAGAGGAAAUUGCCUAUAAGAACCCGUAUGAAAGCUUUCAUAUUAUACAACGUCGGGCAGCUUCACCAGGUUCCGUGACUGUUUGGGUUGAAGGAGAUGUUAAUCAGUGCGUUAAACCUAGUGCAAGCAUUAUGUCAUUUUGCGAUGUCAAUUAUCUGGUUCCGGCUACGAUCAUCAAGAGAACGACCAAAACUUUACAUUUCAUCAUUAGCAACUUUAACAUUUUGCAACGACAACUUUCCACUACAUGCCAAAAUUCUUUAAAAGAUGUCUUAUGUAAGGGAACAUUGCCAAAGUGUUCUUCGGAUACCAAAUCGGCUACCUAUCUGGAUUUUAGUCGUUCCUGUAGUGGCUUAAAAACAUGCGGUAGUAAAUUAGUCAAUGUUAAUGGUUUAAAUACGCAAGCGAUAUGCCAAUCUACUGGUCAACAGUUUACUUUAUCAACCUGCGUCAAAUCAUCUCUGGCUAGCAUUAAUUCCAUGUAUUGCGGCCCAUUGCCAAAGGAUAUUGCAUUUCCGUCGUGGGUUGUACCUAAUUUGUAUCAACAAAGUGCGAUUAUUGCCUCAAUGAAAUCGAGCUAUGCUGCCGCUGGUGUUUCUGCCUUUUGCAGUGACAAAUGGAUCAAGAUGUCGUGUACUACCAUCCCUUUCUGUAGCACUGAUCGCCGAAAAAUUGUUAGCAGUGUAACUAAGCAACAAUGUCAAAGUGCUAUAUCCUGCUUACCGACUACCACUCAAAAUGUUCUUGCUUUGGCUUGGGACUGCAAUGCUUAUCCUGAUGAAAAAUCUCAAAAAAUGACCAUGUCCGACAGUCAAGCGUAUCCCAAUGGUGCUUCCGGCUUAACUGUCAAUAUUGCAUUACUAUUUGUGAUCUAUUUCCUUUCAGCUGUGCUGCUUUAA